AUGGCUGCACUCUAUGUUACUGUAGGGAUUGGGGCUCCGUGUGGUACUUAUAUUUCGAGGCGGUCAAGCGGUGUGGAUUAUUCUAAUUCUGAAGGUGAUUCUGUGGAAGAAGUCAUCGCUGUUGAUUCCAAACUUCUAUCCCAGGAAAGCCAUCUGUUCCGCAAGUUAUUCAAUGAAAUGAAGACAGCAUUACUAAAGGAACCUCUAACUAUUCAAAUAGAAGCAUCAGAGGCACACGCCUUCGUUGCGCUUCUGGAGUUCAUUUUUUAUUCCAGCAUGCCACCACCCUCUUAUGAAGAAUGUGUAGAUUUGCUGAUGACCGCAGACGAGUUCCAGGUUCUUUCAUGUGCUCACCAAUGCACAUACCAGUUAGUGUACAAGCUAAACUCAGCACUCUCCUGCUUCGAGCUUUGUUUUAAGGUGCUGUGGGUCGAGGUGAAAGAGUUACUAGAAACCAAAGCAAUGGAUUAUGUCACUCAAACAGACCGUACUGACAUGAGGAAUUCAAAACUAAAGGAAAACCAUGAUAUAAUGAGCAUCAAGAAUGAACUUCUUCAGCAACCAUUUUCUCGAAUUAAGGCACUCUUCCUCAUGAACUAUCUCAAGGUUGAAUCAGAAGAUGCUGUGUAUGAUUUCAUACUGUGUUGGGCUCAGACCCACUACCCAAAACCGGAAGACCACUGCAGUGCCAAGGAACUGCACCUCGAACGCCUCAUCCGCUUCACUUACCUGACACGCCAAAAGCUGGAAGACGCUCUCCAAUGCGACUUCUUCUACCGUGAAUCCGUAUCCGAGGCUGUCAUCGAGGCCCUGGCUUUCAAGUUCUGGGAGACGUACAGACGCAGACUCGCCCCGGGAUGGUGCUUGAGCAACCGAUUUCUUGAGCGGCGUUACAAGCGCACGCCCAUAGCAGUUAACCGGCUCUGGUUCCCGGAAUUUGACCGUUGCGAGGUGUACUUGAGCCUGGCUAUUUCUGAGUUGCUUGGCAUAUUUCACUCCGGGGGCAGAAGAGAGUCCGAGGACUUCCAGUUUGGCCGCCAACUACUAAGUCUCGUGGCUUCCUGCAAACAGGUUGGAAAGACAUUUUCUUUUGAUCUGAGCAUUACUUCGAAGGCAGAAAUCUUGGACGUGAAUGUCCAUGCCACUAGGUUUAUGGCAAUGAAAAAAGUAGGUGACGGCGGAGAGUUUGUUGAGGUGGGCACGGGCACCUUUAUUCCUGCUAAACAAGAAAAUUCUGGCGGUAAUGACCUGCUCCCUGGGUUCUGGUCGCAAUUUCUUUUCGGGGCCUGCCCUUUCAUACUUGAUGGAAUUCUCCACUUACGCGUGGAGAUCACUUGCAAAAGAAAAAGACAGAUCUUAUGA